GUCACCGACACCCAGUCCCUCUCAGAAUCACAUUUCCCAGUUCGAACCACUUCAAGCAUAUGUCCUCUUUCCGCUCGAACCGUGUUAACCAAAAGCCAUACAACCGCCCUCCCCCACGAGGCAACGUCAACGACCAAUGGAUCCACGACAUGGCUGACGGUUCCAACAUGGAAACCGACCAUACCCCCCGUCAACGAACUCCCGCAGGAUCUUCAAUUCCCAGCACGAAGCUCGUGGUUUCGAAUCUACAUUAUGAAAUAACGCCAAAAGACCUUAUUUCGAUUUUCGGGCAAAUUGGGACGCUUGUGACAGAACCACAGAUCAGGUACGAUCGCAGCGGACGCUCCUCAGGAAUGGCUUUUGUCUCCUAUGAGACCACGGCCGAUGCCGCUCGCGCCAAAAAGCAGUUCAAUGGUCUCCUCGCCAAAGAACAGCCGAUGACAGUUGCUUUUGACGCGACUGUUCCUCGUAUACCGCGCGGAAGGUCUUCAAGUGCCCCGACAACUUCAUCCCUCAUGAGCAGAAUUCAGAAGGCACCGCUUCUCGAUCGUUUGGGUGGGAGUAAGGACGAUUCUGGUAUCAAUGGGAAAACAUCAUCAACGAGGUCGAACGUCGGUCCUGUUCGUUCGCGUCGGGGUGGUGUCAAGCCGACUACCAGCAAAGCCAAAAAGCCCAAGGCAGGGCCGAAGACCGCAGAGGAUCUUGACAAGGAACUCGACGCUUUCAUGGGCGAUGGAUCCGAGGCACAUGCCGCUCCAAUUGCUCAGGCUCAAGACGUUGAAAUGGCUUAGUCGUUCACCAAACACUUUUUUUGACUGAUUCGCUUGCCUGUGCCGAUCUACGAAUAUCACUUACCAAAGACCCGCGAGCUACCCCUACUGUACAUACAUAUCUCUCUUGUGGACGACCAUUGCGGCAGUUUUCCAGUUAGAGUGUAAUGAAUCCUGACCUGGAGAUUUGAAUCAGAUCUUCAGCUCUUGACUGGAUCCAUCAUCACUCGAGCAUCCAUGCCUUAGCAAAAAGUGCCACAAUGCAGGCUCCCAUUGAUCUCUACAAACCGCAUCCCUUGUUCAAGGUCAAGCUCACGGCGUCAGAGCCUUUCGUUCCGCAGUAUGUGCAGUCGAUUGUCUCGAAGUCAGCGAAUCCAGCCGAAAUUUACGCGUCCCGCGUUCACGGACGAAUGCUUGUGCUCGACAACGUGGUCAAAGAAAGUCGGCUAACAAAGGAACGCAAAGAAAAGGAGGCCCAUGCGCGUACAGCAAAAGCCCAUAAGAAGCUUGGUAGAUCGGGAAAGAUUCGGGGGACUGCCAGAGAGCAAGGACCGAGGGGUUUCGAUGAGAGUCAGGCAAAAUUUGCGCUGUUCCUCCCACUUCAUCAGCUUUGGCUUGGGUACAUGUCCGAGCUGCUCGCCCUUCCGCAAAUUGGAUCUGGGCCACCCCGGGCUCCGAAUGGAGCUUCUGCCCAUCCGAAAUUGCUCAAGGCUGACUUGCAUGGAUCUUUCGUGACCGUUCAACAGAGCAAAAACACUUCUCUGCUGGGAUUAUCUGGCAUUGUCAUACAUGAGACCGAGGGAACGUUCAAGGUGGUCACCAAGGAGGACAAACUGAAGACUCUUCCCAAACGCAAUUCGAUCUUCACGCUCGCUCUGCCCGUCUUCUCGACUCUCCCGGCAUCGUAUGAUCCCAACGAACCGCUCCCAAUCUUCGCGCCGAAUGAAAACAUGAAGACGGUGCUGGAUGGUCCGCAUGCUGACAUGCAACUGCACGGGAACCAAUUUUGUUAUCGGUCGGCGGAGCGUGCUGGGAAAAAGUUCAAGCCGAAGGAGACUAUCGAAUUGUAAGACUGUACAAUGCAUGGGUGAGAGUGCGAACUCUACAUUCGUUUCGGACAAUUCCCACCGAUAUGGCAAACAGACGGAAGCAAGAUCAAGUCAUGGAUGGCAUUAUCUUUCUCUCUUCCCCAUGGACAGCCCUCCGAGUCCCAAGCUGCUCGUCUUCAAUCGGGGCGAGAUUGCAGCCCGCAUUAUCCGUACUGCUCGUUCAAUGGGUGUGUGGUGUGUGGCUGUGUUCACACCCUCGGAUGCAGGGUCAGCUUAUGUCGGAAUGGCCAACGAAUCCGUGCCUCUGUCGGUGCCCGGUGAAUCUGAAUCAACGGCAUAUCUCCAGCCCGGCCUUGGCGCUCUCAACGCCCUUUGCGUCGAGCACAAGAUCACACACGUGAUUCCUGGGUACGGCUUUCUUUCCGAGUCACCCGAGCUCCCUCUUGCUCUGCCGGCGGCUGUAUGCUGGGUCGGGCCGUCGCCGGAAUUGAUGCGUCUAAUGGCGCACAAAGACCGUGCGAGAAACGUAGCGAAGGAGCAAGGGAUCCCGGUUUUGCCAGGGAGUCUAUGUCACACCGUGGAAGACGUUCUCGCGGAACAGAUCGGAUAUCCAAUCUUGUUGAAACCCCCACUUGGAGGUGGAGGUUCCGGGAUGGUCGUAUGUGGAGACGCGGCCGCUCUCCAGCGUGCGUUCGACGGGCAACCGGCGUUCGUGGUCGAAAAGUAUCUUCCCAGUGCCCGGCAUAUCGAAGUGCAGAUUUUUGGGAAUGGACUCGGAGACGUCAUUCAUCUGGGCUUGAGGGAAUGCAGCGUGCAGAGACGCUAUCAGAAAGUCAUCGAGGAGACACCUAGUCCGUUUUUGCGUGACAAGCCAGAUCUUCGAGACAAAUUGCUUGACGCAGCUAUUCGACUAGCCCAGUCGGUCAACUAUUCGAGUGUCGGGACUGUGGAGUUUAUCGUCCCGAAUUCAGCGCAGGAAUUCUACUUCCUGGAGAUGAACACUAGAAUCCAGGUCGAGCACCCCGUCACCGAAUGCGUGCACCCAGGAUUGGACCUCGUCCAGAUGAUGCUCCAGAAUCGCUUCGGCCAUGCCAUCGAGGUCCGAUUGUAUGCGGAAAAUCCCACAGAAUCAUUCCGUCCCUGUCCCGGUGUUCUGCAGCAGGUCGUUUGGCCGCGUUAUCCAUGGCUCAGAGUGGACACCUGGGUCCAAACGGGGACACUGGUCACGCCGCAUUUCGAUCCUCUGCUCGCCAAACUCAUCGUCAGCGGGUCGACCCGCCCAGAGGCGGUACGCAGAAUGGGGAAGGCCCUAGCCGAAGCAGACGUCUCCGGCUCCCCGAACAAUAUGGAAUAUCUCAGGGCGAUCAUCGCGUCGGCGGUAUUUGGGGAUGGAGAGGCCACUACGAGAUGGCUGGAAGAGUUUGAGCACACGCCCAAUGCGAUGACCGUUAUUGCUCCCGCCUUGGAUAUGACAGUCCAGUCGCUUCCCCGGCGGACUUACGGCUGGGGUGUGCCGCCAAGUGGACCCUUUGACGAACAGGCAUUCAGGGCUGCGAACCAACUUGUCGGCAACUCCGAAGAGACUGAAGCGAUCGAAAUGAUCAUCCUGCCAGGUGCUGAGUGCAGAAUCAAGUUCUGGGUAGACAAAGUCGUGAGUGUGACGGGAUGUCCGAUCUCAGUGUUCGUCGAGAAGAACAAGAUCAGAAUGUGGGAUCGUGUCACUGUCCCUGCGGGUGCUGUGCUUUUGUUACGACAACCGCGGGGAGGUCAAAGAACCUAUCUCGCUAUUCAGGGCGGAUUCCCGGGUAUUCCGCUGUACCUUGGAUCCAAGAGCACGUCCAUGGGAUUGGGCGGAUACCAAGGACGCGCCUUGGCUGUGGGCGAUCAAUUGGCUGUCGGACGCGCAUCUGAUGGCGCAUCUGAUCCCAUCAUGCCGCUCUCAGCACCAACGACUUAUCCAACACACGUCGUCCUCCGCGUCCUCCGAGGUCCGCACGACGACGACGAUUACCUCACGCCUGCAGGGAUAAAGGCGUUCUAUGGCACACGGUGGAAGGUGGGGCUGGACAGCAACCGGAUGGGUGUGAGGCUACUUUCCGAAACAGACGAGUUUCGAUUUGAGUGGUCGCGGGGGUCAGGCGGGCUGGGUGGGUCACAUCCGUCGAACAUUCUUGACACGCCCUAUCCACCUCCAGGCGCGGUCAAUGUCAACGGCGAGACGCCUGUGAUACUGGGCCCUGAGGGUCCGGAUAUGGGCGGAUAUGUGUGUUUGUGUGUGGUGGUUCCGGAGGAUCUGGCCAUCGUCGGCCAGUUGAGGGAUGGAUCUAUUGUCGAAUUCCGACCAGUCUCCAUGACUGAUUUGGGGCGGGUCGAGCUCAUUGAUCCGCCCAAGGAUCCUAAGCUGUUUAUUCUCCCAUCAGAUGGGACUUCGUGCAGCGCGGUCAUACGACAAGCCGGCCAGACAGCGAUGCUCGUAGAGUUUGGCGACACUGAGCCAGUGGAGGAUCUGAUGGUGCUUCGGGUUAAGGUGCAUGCGUUUGAACAACUGAUCCGCCAAGAGCAGCUUGCAGGAGUUCUGAGGAUGAGUCCUUGUGUCCGGAGCACCAUGAUACAUUUCGACGCUAAUGUUGUCACGCCAACCGAAAUGCUCAACUCACUUGUCUCCGUCCUCAAGUCAUUGCAUGCUUCUGACAUGGCCCAUUUCCCGAACCGCACUGUAACGCUUCCCAUCGUCCUCGACGACAGAUGGAGUCAAGAGGCUGUGCAAAGAUACAUGCAGACGACUCGUUCCCGGGCUGCCUAUCUCCCGAGCAAUGUUCAGUAUCUCGCUCGGAACAACGGGUUGGUCACGGAAACAGAAGUCUUCGACCGCCUGAUCCAAACUCCAUGGCUUGUCUUUGGAAUGGGAUUCUAUUUAGGAUGUCCUUUCCUGGUUCCGCUUGACCCCCGUUCCCGGCUUGUGGCUCAAAAGUUCAAUCCUUCGCGAACGUACACACCUCGCGGUGCAGUCGGUCUCGCUGGUGUCGUUGGCGCGAUAUAUCCCGUUGACAGUCCCGGAGGGUACAUGCUGUUUGGCCGCACGGUUCCUGUCUGGGAGGCUUGGAAUGCCAACGAAAAGUGUUUGUUGAAGGUAUUCGACGAGGUCCGUUUUGUGCCUGUGUCGGAGGCAGAUUACGUCGAGAUUCUCCGUGAGUUUGAUGCCGGGAGAUACAAAUUAGUGACUGAAGAGACCGCAUUCUCGUUGGGGACUUACUUGUCCGACAUCAACAAGCCACUGGCCGCUGAGGAAAGAGCUCAAUUCGAGCUCAACCAGCGAGUGGCGGUCGCCGAAACAGCCGAGGAAGAGACAGGACUGUACACUGAGUGGGCAGAAGAGAGAAAAAAGAGCCCCCGAGUCGAGCAAGAGAUCAGCAUCAACGCAGAGACGGCCAGUAUACGCUCCCCCAUAUCCGGUGUCGUCUCGAAAAUCCUAGUCACUCCCGGGGAUAUCUUGCUUGACUCCAACAGGCCCAUAUUGGUGCUCCUGGCGAUGAAGAUGGAGAUUCCGAUCACCUUGGCGGAAGCAGGGCUGGCGGCGGGAGUGACCGUGAUUGGGCUUGGACCAGGCGUGACACAAAACGCCCACGUUCAAACUGAGGAUGUUUUGGUGCAUUUAGGGCAGCAAGAAAAAUCCACGGUAGUAGUUACAUAG